GACAGUAGACUGAUAAGAUUAGGGUAAACGAAUUGCUUUUUUUUUUCCAAAGAAACGGGGGGAUAUUCAGAUGGAAAGGGAGAGGUGGAAUAGCGCCAUCGCAAAUGGACACUACAGUUACGAUACGAACGGGUAUUGUACACGGUUUUGCAAUGAUUAUAGGCUAUCGGACGGAGAUAAGGUUUCUUCUCCCACGUUACCUUCUGCUGGUUACAUUGAACAUACCGUUUCCCGUUUCGAUACUCUCGCCGGGGUCGCCAUCAAGUACGGCGUCGAGGUAUCUGACAUUAGAAAGAUGAAUGGUCUGGUUACGGAUCUUCAAAUGUUUGCUCUUAAGACACUACAGAUCGCUUUACCCGGGCGGCAUCCACCGUCACCUAGCUUGUCAAAUGAUUCCACCGCAUCAGGGAAAAGCAGUGGCAGGCAAACCCCAAGACAUUUGCCACCUGAUUGGCUUGACUCAUUCCAGUCUUUGAAAUUGAGGAGUCCUCGAAAGGUCUCCCCGGCAAUGAGCUCGUUACAAGGUUACUAUGGCCUUAAAGCAACAGAAAAAGGGACGAUGUCCGAAGUUCUUGAAAUGGCAUUAUACAGGAAAGGAGAAGCUGAUUAUGUGGAUGAUGGUCUGCUCUCCCACCCACAUUUGAGGCUUAAAAGGAAGAGUAGAAGUGUAGCAAACGGAUUUUACAGCGAAAACGGUGAAAUCUUGGUGGAUAUCAUGGCUGCAGGAGAAGACAGAGACAGUGAAUCCCAAAGACCCAACGAUAAACUGAUUAGAAGACCACAAAAAUCCGAGGCCGACUUUACUGCCCGUCUGUUGAAGGAGGAAAACAGCAACAAUGGUGGAGGGUUUUCGUUAUCGAAACGAUUGACACUGAAAUCAAAAAGCGGAAGCCGCAUGAAUUCAGGGACAGUGGCAGAUGGUGAGAUGACGAGGUUCAAUCCUGCAACAACAAUCGAAGAAGAUGAAUACGUGAUUGACGGGUUCGAAGUGAGGAAGUCGUCGAGCGCAUCUUGUUUGCAUGAUCAUCAGGACAACAGCUGCAGUAUUGGCAGCAGUAGUUUAACAUCACUACUAUUGAUGGAUUUACAGGGACUGUCAACUGCGGGCAUUACUAGACCUAUUUUUGAUGGAUUUACAAACAUGUCGGCUCGUAAAAACAAAGCUGCGCUCGAUUAGCUUCAAUAGCGUAGCGUCAAAUGCCCCCAUCAU